AAGUAAAACAUACAAACAAAUAGUUGCAUCUAUAGCCAUUGCAUUAUCAGCUGUGCACAGAAUUCUUCCAUUUGGUCUGUGACAUUUACAUUUUUAUUUCCGGGUAACUAUCUGUCAAGUUACAAUACGACGCUCUGCCAUUCGCUCAUCGCUCCCCCGUCAUCUAUUCAUCACGUCCGUCUUUGAGAAACGUUAUUUCCACGUGUUGCCACGUACCUAGUGAGAACAAGACGCAUAAUGACCCGCCACUCUCCACGCACCAAGAACCUGUGAGACUGACAUGCCUUCUACACGGCUGUCGCGAGUUACGUAUUCCGCCAUGGCGGCGACAGCACAAACGAGGGCACAGCAUGAGUUUUGGAAACUCCACGGACUGGCCGGCGCAUCAAUCCACCCUCAGCUGCCCACAGUUCCGGAAGUGCACUAAACGGUGGGGCAAGCAACGAAUAGCCGUGAAUUUGAUCGAGCCACCCCCGUGUGCUUACAGGCAGCAUAUGGGAAAGAAGGAAUCCGCAGACACGGAAAAAGAAAAAGAGCACGAAUCCAGAGGCGGGCCAGUACAUCUAUGCCCCCCUCAGGCGCCGCGCAGAUCCGAGAGUGCGCGCAGCGGCGGGGGCAAGUCAUUCCAGCAGCGAGAAGCGGCGAAUUUGAACGACCCGCGAAAGGCAGACGUCCGAUGUCUAGGAGUUAGAAAGAUAAUCGAAAGCGCGAGAGAAAUCAAGCAAUAUGAGGGCGGACACCAUGCCCCGGUCCUGAGAAGCAAGCAGUCCAUCCACCACAUCCGCCAGAGCAGUUGCCGUGCUGUGACCCUUACGAAAACCAGAUUGCAGAGCAGGGAGCAAAUUGUGUUUUUCAAGGUAAUCAGUCAAUUGGUUGCACACUAUCCUCUCCAAGACCUUGGACAAACAUGGAAGGAGACUGACAGGUCGUAACUCCUGCAUUGAUGCUGGCUGGCCGGUCUUAGGCAGGGGCUUUACCACUGCUGUCUUCCAAUCGUCAGGGAACACACCUUCAAGUAAUGAGCGGUUUAUUAUUGCCGUGAUGGCCUCCAGUGAUUGCGGCAGUGUCAGCCGCAAUACGUCCAAAGACAUGCCGUCGCAACCCAUUGCGUUUGAACGCAGGCCUUUGAUGGUAUUCAUUACCACUUCCCUGCUCACCGUACUUAAUGUAAAUGAUGCCGACAUAUUAAGCCUAUUAUGUUCAAAGAAAGUGAGCUGCGAAAUACUUGACUCAUCCUGCCCAGGGACGUUCAAAAAAUGAACAUUCAAUUUGUCAGGGUCAUUAAAUGCGGGAGGCAGCUCAUUUGAGUCCCUUUUGUUUGGCAAUAUGGUGCUCUUAAGAUUUUUCCACAACUUCUUUGAGUCCCUGUAAUUGUUGUUUAUGUGUCUGUCAAAGUAACUUUUUUUUUCUUGUUCAAUUGCUGCAAUGACUAUAUGCCUCAUCUCCUUGUAAGCUUGCCUAAUAGUUGCUGUCCCGUGCUUCUUAAAUUUUCUAUGGUAGUUAUCCCUAAUGCGCAUCAUAGACUUAACGGUGUCAGUUAUCCAAGGGUGAGGAGGGUGCCUAAAUUUCUUAGUUUUAGUUGGCGCAUGUAGGUCCAUUAGUCCCAGAAUACAACUCGAGAACCCCCUAACCAUGUGAUUCACAUCAUUGAGACUUCCAAUAUUAUUCCAAUUAAUUAGCCCCAGAUCUUUAUCCAGUUGCUCCAACACAAUACUUUUUAGUGGCCUGUACGUCACCCACCUAGGACACGGCUUUUCCACCUCCACCUUGACCUCCGCUAGUAGCAUCGCAUGCCCCCCACGAUCAGGUGAAUGGCUCACCGUCACCUGUCCCGCCCGCAUGUCAGUGCACAUCACAUCGAUCAGUGUGGCACUGUGAUCAGUGAAAUGUGUCGGCUCACCAAUUAGUUGAGAGACACUCAGGCUUUGUGUGAAAUCAGUGAAAGCCUUACAUUUAGCACUACCACUAUCAAGCAGAUCAAUAUUAAAAUCACCAGUCAGGAACACUCCGUCCACCCCGGAGAAAGAGGUAAUUGAUUCUGUUAUAGCCUCAAGGAAUACGGACACGUCCUGCCACGGAGGUCGGUAGGCGGUGCCCACCACUAUCCUCUGACCGGGCAGCCGUACAUUCAGCCACAUCUGCUCCACAGUUGCCGUUCCAAUGGGAUGCUGGCUAAUCUUGAAAUUCAGACCCCUACGUAUAUAAAAACCGACCCCGCCACCCCGGCCCCCCCUGACAUGGCCAGGUCUCGGAGCGUGUCUGAAUUGGUACCCCACCAGUUUGGGAGCUCUGUCAUCCUCUCCCGGUCCCAGCCACGUUUCGUUUAUUGCCAAUAUAUCCGGUGCCAAUUCCUCCACCCCAACAAUAAAUUCUUCCUGUUUUGUGCACAGAGAGCCUGCGUUGUAAAGGCCAAUUAAUAAUUUUUUUAGCCCCAGGCCUGUGCGUUUGAUAAGUUACUAACGUACCAUAGUGCCGUGGUCACAGAUGUCAUUACCCUGGACUCAGUAUAAAUUAAUUUAUAUAGCAUUAAGAAUUUGUUUCUAAUGUCAUUAUAGUUUAUAAUUUUAUGGAAAUGUAUAUGAAUGAUAUAGUUUGACUGGUGUACACACCUGAUAGUACAAUGACCAUCCGAUACAGUGCAAUAACAUAGCCGCAGAAAGAUUAAAAAAAUGUAUUGACUCUGUCUGUAUUCAGAGCAACAUUUGUACUGUAACAUGAAAUCAAAAUUGUCUACAUUGCAUACAAGAAGUUGUGGAAUGAUGAGAAUAUCUGACAAUACAACCAACACAACAAUAAUUGA